UUCUAAGUUUCUGGAGAUUAUCACUCUGCAUCUGCAGAGGGUCCCGCUUGGGUCAGAGCGGAGGAGCGCGGCUCCUCGGGGUCCCCUUGGCGCUGCGAGGACUCCAUGUUGGAAAGGCUGUUGGCUUUCUGUUGUUUGUUUGUUUUUAAUUGUCAAUUGUAUGCUAAAUCGGUUGCGCUCGGAGGGUCACGGAGAGUUCAGUUGGGCCGAGAAGCCAGGCUUUUCCCCGGCCGGAGGUGGCGCGGAGGGAAGGACGGAGGUGCGCCUUGCACCCCCUUGGAAACCCCCCCCUCGCCUCUCCGGUAGGAGAGAGCUGGACUGCGGACCCAGCGAGUGACUUUCUCUGAAAACGUGAAACCCGGUCUCGCCCUUCCAAAAUGGAUGUAAAGCCGCAGGGGGCUGCCGGGGGGGUUCCCCGUGGAGCCGCUGCGCCUCCCGCGGAGCCCGCCGCGGUUUACAGCUCCCGGGAGCCGGGGCUCUGGAAGCCGCCUUCCCGCAGGUAGUGCUCCCAGAAAACCAGAUGCCUUCGCAGGCUUUCCAGACACCCCGUGUAAAACAGGAUCACAGGCGAUCCCGCGGCUGCAGGAUCUGUAAAAGCCUCCCUUUUCAUCUCAGCAGAGUGCGAGCUCCGCAUGGGGUGCAUUAAAUACCAAAAACCAAUCUCCGCGGCCCUACAAAGUUGAAAAUGGUGCCUCGCACUCCUGAUAGCCGGCGAGUCUUUUUUUUUUUUUUUUACUUCUUUUGAUGGCUUUUUUGUUGUUGUUUUUGAUGGCAGCUUGUCAGCUGCUGCGCUCAGAAGGGCCGGGCCCCCGGGUGCAGGUGCCUCCUCCCGCCUCGCCAGGCCGCGCCGUGCCAGGGGGACGAGGCGGGCCAUGGCAGCGCUGGUGGGGGGCGGGAGGUGCCGUCGCGGGGGGGGCGCAGCGGCCGCCCGGCCCCGGCCCCGGUCCCGGUGCCUCCCGGGGCUGCGGGGGCCGAGGCCGCCCCCUGUUGGGCGCGGGCGGCACAGCUCCCUGGGGGCUGCUCCGGCCCGGCCCGGCCCGGCCCGGGGGGGGCACCGCGGCCCUUUGAGCGGGGCGGGCGGUGGGGUUUGGGGCGGGCAGGGGGAAUUUGGCCCCACCGGCCGCGUCUUGCAGCGGCGGCACCGGGUCCCGGCGGGCCCCGGCCGCCCGCCCCGCCGGGGCAGCUCGGCGGGCAGUGAGCCCGGCUGCUGGGCAGGGCAGCUGCGCAUCUCUUGCGGUGCCGCUUGGGCACCGGCGUCCUCAGCCUCCUCAGGGCUCGGGCGGUUCCACGGCACUUCUUUAUUAUUGUUACUUUAAGAACGGAUGAAAGAAAAAGCCCCAACACGUCGGCUUUGGGGUGUCGCAGCGAGCGCCUCGCACACCUUGCUUCGCCGCACGUCCCUUGCUUCAUCCGCCCUCGGCUUUCGCAUCUUCCCCGGGAUUGUUCCCAUUUAAACCGGACGGGCUCUUUCUGCGGCGGGAGACCGGUCCCCUUUCACCACCACCCCCACCCACCCAGCAGGAACUGGGGGGGUCCCUCGGCACGGGGGGUGUUUGACGCGCAGGAGGCGGCCAGGGGCGAGGGGCGGCUUCGGCCCCGCGGCUGCAGCCCCGGCGCGGUCUCCGCUCGCACACGCGGGCGGCCCCCACGCUGACUGCAGCUUCCCCGCGUGUGUCCGGGCGGGUUUCGUGUCAGCCCAACUUCCCGCCGCGGCGCUGCGAUCGGUCCUCUCCUCCCGACUCUUCGCAAACAGAAAUAAAUUGGAAUUAAGAGCACCUUCAAUUCAGCAUUAAGGGCUUUUUGGGAAUGAAUAGGGAGCCCUCAAGUGUCGAAAUGUCUUUUUUUUUUUUUUUUUUUUUUUUUUUUUUUCUUCCCUCCUUCCGAGGGGAGGGGAAAUAAAAAAUCGUGAAUGGCACUGGUUAGCAAGUUAAAGAGUCCCGUGUGAGGACGCAGACUGUGAUCGCGGGACCUGUCGGUGGAAGCGUUUGAUUUCCAAGGCGGCAGCCUGCUUGUUGCCGGGGCCGGGUCGGGACGCGGAGCCGCUCCUGGUACCUCCCCGGGCCGGCACCGACCCCGGCGGGGCCCGGGGGCUGCCGUCGGGGCUGCCCCAGUGCGGAGCUCAGGGCUGCCUCGGCGAUCGCGGAGAGCGGGCGGCGGCGCAGCCCGGAGGCUGCGGCGAGAUGGUUUAGGGGGGCAGCGGGGAGCGCCUUCCCCGGCCGGCGGGGAAGGGCGAGGACCGGCCGCAUCGUCGCCGGCGGGGAGCCGCCGGGCCUCCCCCCCCGCCCCGCGGCACCGACCUCCCCCCCCCGCCUCCCCGUUCCCACUCGGGCUCGCUUUGCAAACCUGAAGCCGCCUUUAGCCCGCCGUGAGCGUUUCGUGUCCACGAUGCUGGCUCCGGAGCGGGGAGCGAUGGGAAAUCCACUGCAGUAUUAAUCCAAGGAGGUGCUUUGGGGACAGUUGGCAGUACAAUGGCUGCUCAGUAUCUCAUAGUGGCUCUGGCCAUUUUCUCCUCUUUUACCCAGGUUGUAAUAGAAGCCAGCUCUUGGUGGUCUUUAGGGAUGAACCCUAUGAACCCCAUGAACCCUGUUCAGAUGUCAGAGGUGUAUAUAAUAGGAGCCCAGCCACUAUGUAGCCAGCUAGCAGGGCUUUCCCAAGGACAGAAGAAACUCUGCCAAUUGUAUCAGGACCAUAUGCAGUUCAUUGGAGAGGGUGCAAAGACGGGCAUUAAGGAGUGCCAGUAUCAGUUCAGACAUAGAAGAUGGAAUUGCAGCACUGUGGACAACAACUCUGUUUUUGGCAGAGUCAUGCAGAUAGGCAGCCGGGAGACGGCGUUCACCUACGCGGUGAGCGCAGCUGGGGUGGUCAACGCCAUGAGCCGUGCCUGCCGGGAGGGCGAGCUCUCCUCCUGCGGCUGCAGCCGCGCGGCGCGGCCCAAGGACUUGCCCCGGGACUGGCUUUGGGGUGGCUGCGGGGACAAUAUCGAGUACGGAUACCGCUUCGCCAAGGAGUUCGUUGACGCCCGGGAGCGCGAGAGAGUUUACCAGAGAGGCUCCUACGAGAGUGCCCGCAUCAUGAUGAACCUGCACAACAACGAGGCCGGGAGAAGAACUGUGUACAACCUGGCUGAUGUGGCCUGUAAGUGCCACGGUGUCUCUGGUUCCUGUAGCCUGAAGACCUGUUGGCUGCAGCUUGCUGAUUUCCGCAAGGUAGGCGAUGCCCUGAAGGAGAAAUACGAUAGUGCUGCUGCCAUGAAACUCAACAGCCGGGGCAAGCUGGUGCAAGUGAACAGCCGCUUCAACGCACCCACCAUCCAUGACCUGGUCUACAUCGACCCCAGCCCUGACUACUGCGUGCGCAAUGAGAGCACUGGGUCCCUGGGAACCCAGGGCCGCCUUUGCAAUAAGACCUCGGAGGGCAUGGACGGCUGCGAACUCAUGUGCUGUGGCCGGGGGUACGACCAGUUCAAGACGGUGCAGCGAGAGCGCUGCCACUGCAAAUUCCACUGGUGCUGCUACGUGAAAUGCAAGUUGUGCACAGAGAUCGUGGACCAAUUUGUGUGCAAAUAGGGGAUGAACGAGAUGGGAGGGACUGCAGCCACCUGCCAGCAAGGGGUGCAGGCCCCUCUCCCUUUCCACAGGACUAUCUCCACUUUAUUUAUAGAGUCCAACGAGUUGUCGUCUUCUUAAAAAAAAAAAAAAAUGCAGAGGGAAGGGAAAAAAAAAAGAAAGAAAAAAGAAAAAUAUAAAGGUUGCAAAGAGAAGUGCCUCAAAACCCUCUCUGCGUCCAUCCCAGAACUGUGUGUGGCUUAUAUUUUUGGCAAUAAUGGGGGAGAACCUGAGAAUAUUUAUUUUACAAAGUAAAAAAAAAAUUGACUUAAAAACAAUAGAGUAGUUUGAGGGGAAAAUCCAACAUAUCCUAAUUUAGUCCGAUGGGACGUAAUACACGUGCAGUAGGCAGAGCAACCAUGUAAUAAUGUGCUUGGGAUGUUAGAACAAUCCUUAUGGAUGUGAGGAACACAGAGACCUGUCCAUUACUUUUAGUUUCAGACACUAGAAGUUAUCAGAAUAGGGUAUAUAAAGCUGUUCAAUACAUUUAGGGCUCUGUAAAUAUGGGGUAUAUUCAUCAUGAAGUGCAGUGCCAGUUGCAUAUCUGAAUGUACCUGCUUAAGUACGCCAUGUCAUCGGAGGGUAAAGAGCAAAGGAUCAUAAAGGCUUCAACUGUGCUAUUCUUGAGUCACCAUGUCUGGUUCCAGAACCUAACAAGACCCAAAAAAAGAAAAGAAAAAAAUCUGCCUUGACGAAUAAUAGAUACUCUUCAAGGUGGGAUUUGGCCUUAUUAGCUAAUUGUGACGUUUGAGUGUCUCAUCUUACAGAGCAGUACUUCACUGCUACCGAGUGUGGAGAGCAGCCGAGGUGCAGUGGAGCACUGGAGCUGGGCGGAGGGGAGCUGCAAUGCUCACAAACAGUUUCGGUCUCUCAGCCUGGGAAACCCAUAGAAAACAGAAUUCCCCAAAUUUGAAAAUGCCUUAAAAAUGGUGUAAUAGCUGGCUGUCUUUCAAAACACAGCUUGACAAAUAACUCCUCUAAUUUUAUGUGAGAAAAUAGAUCAUUAGAUAUCCACUCGUGGAAUGAUUGAUUUUUAUUUUUUCCACAGAUUUUGGGAACGCUUUCACUCAAGGAGACAAUAGUUUCAUAUUUUAAUAACAUUAACUGACUAUUAUAGUUCAAUGAAAAGUUGCAGCAGUACCAAAUUUAUCAUCUUAUGUCUUUAAUACACAUGCUUUAGAUAAUAUAUUGCAGAUAUACACUAAAACUGUUCAGACUAUACUAGAGCAGUUACAUAUAUAUGGGAGAACUGUGGUCUUCUGGUGUCUGAUAUUUCAAAGCUUUUUGUACAUAUAUAUUUUAGUGAUUUAAGGAAUAAUAAAACAUCUAAAUUACAGGGGCAGUUCAUCCCCCAUUUUCUUUUUCAGUUCUCUUCCGGUUCUUAGAUUGAUUCUAACCUUUUGGUGUUUUGUUUUUUUUUUUUUUUUUCACGAUUUUUUAAAAGCUUUUAUCAUUCAGAAGUUUUAAGGACAGUCACAAAGAAGUAAGCCUCUUCCCAGCUUUAGGACUUUCUUGGGCAGUUGGUAGAGGCAGCACCCUGCACUUGAAUUGAUACUGGUCUGGAGAUCGCUUCUAUUCCACUUUCACAUUAAGGGCAUUACCGAUUAUUGCUGAAAGGAGACACCUUCUAACCCUAAAUGUGCUGCGUUUGGCCCUUGCUUUUUAGCUUCUGAAAUGGAAAUUGUUAUUUGUUGAACAAUAUGCAUUCCCCACAAUGCUGUGUAGUUACACAGAAUUUCAUCAUUGGUUCAGAUGCCUUGUUCCAACUCAGUCCCAUUCAACAAGUUAAAGAAAAUGGUUUUGCAAAUACCAAGUGAGGAAAAUCUUUCACUUUAGCCUAGUUGUACUAAAGCCUUAACUUUUCAUGAGCCUUUAAGCUGUAUCAUUAAGUUCAUCUUGAUCAUUUAUCAGCUUCUUAAGUGGCGCUUUAUUGCUCUUAAUUUAUUGUACAAGGACAUAUUUACCCCUCAUCUUCAGAUGUUUGCAAAGAAUAUCUUUAAAGUAAGAUAAAUAAAUAAAGCACUAAUUCAUUGAAUAUGUCACUUUGGUUUUUAUUGUACAAAAACCAUGAUCUUUUUUUUUUUUUUUUUUUUUUUUUUUCAUUUGCGGAAUCACCUCAUGUUCCUUUUCAGUGAAUUUUAUCUGAGCAGAGCUGAAUUUCAUGAUCCUAGCUAUUAAAACACUAUUUAAUGUAAAAUAUUUUACUUGUCAUUCAGAUAUGUAAAUCUUCUAUGUCCUUUCCUCUGUUCUGUACAUUUAAUGUACAUAUUUCUGUCUUGCGUGAUUUGUAUAUUUCACUGGUUUUAAAAAAAAAAAAAAGAAAGGAUUAUGCCGUAAUGGAAGAUAGACUAUAAAAAUAAAACUUUGGUUGUAUAUU